AUGGGCUCAGAGAACACUCUACAGGCGUCGGAAGAUAAAGUGCGACGGGGCGUGAGUAAUCCUCAAACACCCGCUCCCCACCCAUGCUAUUCUUGUCGCUGGUACAAGCACCCUGAAAGAUGCAUCUACACAAUCUCACGCCCAGCACUGAUCCUGAGUCGAAAAAGGAACUUCGAGUCUGUCAGGCAACGUCUCGAAACGGCAACCGAUGUUCUUACGAAGUUGUUUCCCUCACAACCGAUCGACGCACUGAGUGGCCUUUCUCGCGAGGAACUGUUCGAAAGGCUCCCCUCCUCGUUGAGAACACCAAUACCGAGACAGGAGCAAUCUCGAGUGAGCCUGCAACUCGGCACAGCCGUCCAUGACAGCGUCACAUCUCCUGUCUCGCUUGAAGCAGGAGCAAUCGAAGAUGACUCCUUCACCCAUGGAGACAAAGACAGCGCUGCUACUGGCGCUGCGCUUGUAUCCCAGGGCGAAGAUGCUUCUUCCGAGGCUGGAGAUGAUGUGAACGCCCUCUCGGCCACGUCGGCGCAGCCCUCGUCAUAUGUUGGCCCGUCCUCCACAAUGCAACUGUUUCGCACUAUCCUCCGGAUUGCACCUGAAUCCACGGGGCAACAACGGUCUUGCCAAAGUCCCACGACUAGCCAACAAAGUGGUUCGAUCCGCUCCCCUGAAGCUGCCUACGGUGCACCACCGUCUCAUCAGAUGACAGAGAGAGAAAAUACUCUGAUUAAUGCUUACUUUCGUUGGGUCCAUCCUGCAGCGCCAGUGCUUGAUGAGGUUGAGUUCCGAAAGACUGCUUCAUCUGGAACUCGAAAUGACUCUCCAUGGCUCUGUCUGUUCAACAUGGUGCUUGCAUUAGGUUCCAUUGGGACAACGAGGACGGAUUCGAGAGAACAUCUGACCUAUUAUCAAGCCGCGAAAUCUCAUUUGGAUCUCGAGGGCCUUGGGAACAAAAGUCUCGAAUAUCUUCAAGCCUUAAUUCUCAUGGCCGGCUGGUACAACCAUUACCGCAACCGCCCAAACCUUGCAUCUGCUCUACUUGGAGCUGCAUUUCGCAUGGCAUAUGCCCUCGGCCUUCACAAAGAACCGGCCGGUACUAACGCACCAGGAGAGCAUCUAGAGUUGAGGCGGAAGAUCUGGUGGAAUCUUGUCGUCUUCGACGCGGCUGAGGCUGUGACCCUGGGUCGCGCUUUAGACACAAAGGUCUUUGAGACGGAAGUCCAAUGUCCGAGAGAUGUGUCGGAUGCCACUCUAGACUCUCCGUCUCCGGCUUCAGUAUUGGCCAUUACGAUUGGCUUCUCGCGCAUAAUGAUAGAGAUCCAAAGCCGUUUGAUGACAGCUCCAGCGUUGACUUUCACCGAGUCGCUUAGCCUCGAUGCCCAUCUUGUUGAUUGGUACGAAUCUCUUCCGAAUUACUUCCACAGGCUGGUCGGCAACGUAGGCUCCACGCUGCCGGAAGGCUCCGUCUCGAAACCAUUCGUGCAGCCUUUGUUGACAAUCAAGUGGCGGUAUCUCAAUCUGAGAUUGUUGCUCUACCGGCCAAGCCUUAUGGAAGCCGUCCUCCACCGGAUCCGGUUCAGCGACCUCACCUCGGAUCAGCGCCUGUGCAUACGAAAAUGCCUUACUCUUUCUGCCGAGACGGUCGACUCGGCCAAGCAGCGUUCGUCCGAAACGCCCAAUCAGUACAUUGCCUGGCCCACUACAUGGUACUUGCUGCAAAUCUGCAUGGUGCCCUUGCUGAGCUUGUAUGUCUUCCGUGAGGAGACCAACGACCAAGGCUCCCGAACAGCGGCCGUCCAACACAUAGGUUUUAAGAAUUCUAGCAACGGCAGGGACUCAGUCCGGCAGAUUAGGGAUGAGUGUCACAGGCAGGUACAGAUUACUCUGUCCUUGAUGAAGGAGAUGGAGCCUUGGGCUGUCGCAUCGGGCAAGAUGCACGACCUUCUCAGCCACUUGUACGAAGCCAGAGACCAGCAGCUUCGAGUCUGGAAUAACGCCGAAGAGAGUCCCGUGCUCGUCUUUGGUUCUCCGGACAGUUCCUCCCUACAGCAGAGUGUCCAGCCCCAUUCAAGGCCCGUGGACCCUGAUCCUGGAAACACAAGCAAUAACAUUCAUUCCAAGUACAACAACGUCCUUCCACAGGAAUACGCUAGCACCAUUCCCGACAACAUUAAUUUUAUCCCGGCCGCUCAGCCUCAGAUCAGUGGUGGUGCGAACAAUAAUCUCACGGGUCAAUUCGAGCAAUUUUCACGGGACUGGUCGAGGUAUAACAGCUUCACAUGGCCAAAUGCAACGCUCGAAAGCCUCUUUGACUUGCCAGAUGAAUUUCAAUACAUCAAUCAAGACCCAUUUGGAGUCGGCUAA